AUGGCGUCUUCACAAGAAUUCACCGAUGAACAGCUAAACUACUACAGAAUUUGUUAUCUAACUACUGAUAUACUAGCGGAGGGUCUGAGAGAAAUAUUUAAACAAGAAUGGGACAAACUAUACAAAUCAACGAAAGGAGAAUGGAAAGACGAGGCUCGUAAUGGAAUGGACUUUUAUAACGGAGAGUCUCGUCGAAAUCAAAAAAGAAACGCUCAUCUUUUGGCCACUAUGAAACACGGAAACAGAGGGGAAUGGGAUUGUACAAUGCUGUUUUACGCCAUCCUUUUCUCUGAUUGCGUCGGGCUUCGUCCUAGCGCAAUAGUCAGUAAAAAUGUGGAUGAUCUAAGAAAUUUCAGGAACAAAGAAUUCGCUCACAUGCCACAAGGUAGUCUCUCUGAGUCAGAUUUUCAGAAUGCUAUUAGCAAAGUUGAUGUUGCGUUUCAAGCACUUAGUCUUCCUACUGUAAAAAUUCAAGACCUAAAAUAUCAGAAAUCGUUUCCAACAAAAGAUUUAACAAAGAUCCUGAAAGAAGUUGAUAAUCUGAAACAAGAAGUUCAGGUCCUUGAGGAUCAGCUCCAAAAUGAAGCACCUUCAUUCUGUGUUCUCCCUCCUAAACCUUCGCAUGAAAUCGGUGGUCGUGAAAGUGAAGUAGCCAAAAUAGUCCAACAGCUGAGGGAACUAAAUGAGUCCAGUGACAACAGGUUGAGUUAUUUAUACAUCUCAGGGAAUCCUGGAAGCGGCAAAUCACAGCUAGCUGGCCUCGUAGCUAAGAGAUUCUACGACGAAGUGAAAGAAAUGCCAGGUGGGUCUUCCUUUGCAAUGACCUUAAAUGCUACAAGUCCAGAUUCACUUCUGGUUUCGUACACCUCAUUGGCUCGCCAUUUAAAAUGCUCAGACUAUUCAGUCAUAAAAAUACUCGAGUCAAAAGACUGGAAUGUGGAGAAAAAGAUCACUAAUCUUACGACGCUUAUUGCGGAAAAAGUUGGCUGCUACACUUCGUGGUUACUAGUAGUUGACAACGUCACUAACAUGGCAUCUGUGCAAGACCUUCUACCACAGUUCACAACAAAUGCUUGGGACAGGGGCCAGUUGCUGAUUACGACCCAGGACACAACGUCAAUUCCCUCAAAAAGCUCCUUCGUUAAUCACAUCUCAAUAAGCAAAGGUAUGGAGCCCAAUGACGCCCGUUCAUUAUUGUCCAAGCUUUCUGGUAUCCCAGAUAGCGAGCUAGUAGGAACAGUAGCACAAAGACUGGAUUAUCAACCUCUUGCUUUAGCAGGCGCUGCCGUCUUUGUUAAAGAGAUGCGGCAGGACAGGGUAUCGACGCAUUUUGAGUGGGAGGAGUACCUGAAGAUCUUAGAAAAAGGCAAAAGACAGAAAACGGAGGAUGCACUUGUUGACACCAAUCCGAUUUAUCCAAAUUCAAUGACCAAAGCAAUAAAGUUAGCGGUGGAAACUCUGAUGGGAUCCGACAAGUUUCAAAAACACCUUUUCACUAUUCUUGCCCUCUGCGCUCCACGACCAUUGAACGUCGACAUAGCAGUUAGUUACAUCAUGGACGCACAUUUAGAGUUUGAUGAAGCGGACAAAGAAUUCAUUCGCAUGAGAUUAAAAAGAAGCUCACUUCUGCUGUUCCAAGAUGACGAGGGUGGCUGUUUUAUUCGAGUUCACCAGGUUGUGCAUGAUGUUAUAAAAACUUUAGCAAAAGAGUGUCCAGAAAGCCAAACCGAUGAGGUCGUUAGUGGGGUCAUUACAUCAUUUAAAGAAUUUGUCGUCGCAACUCCACCAGAAAAUGAGCGACUAAACACCAGACACAUCGUUCCACAUUUGAAAGCUUUAACUAUAGUAACUGACAAAGUGUUUUUGCGAGAUAAGUUCUUCCAAGUUCAUGGUAAGGGGAUUUCCGAAAAAUGCGAAAACCUUGGAAAUAUUUGUCAAAUGCACUGUGAAUUCGAAGGAGCAAAAACAUAUUUUCAAUAUUCACUCACUUUUAAGCUUCAAGAGCUCGGCCCAGAACAUGUUAACGUUGACACAAGCUAUAAUAACUUAGCUUCAAUUUACCAGGAUUUAGGUGACUUUGAGCAAGCCAAGGAGUAUCAGCAACGUGCUCUGGACAUCCAAGUGGACAAGCUCGGGCCGGAACAUGUUAAUGUUGCAACAAGCUAUAAUAACUUAGCUUUGAUUUACAAGGAUUUAGGUGACUUUGAGCAAGCCAAGGAGUAUCAGCAACGUGCUCUGGACAUUGAACUGGACAAGCUCGGCCCGGAACAUGUUAAUGUUGCAACAAGCUAUCAUAACUUAGCUUUCAUUUACAAGGAUUUAGGUGACUUUGAGCAAGCCAAGGAGUAUCAGCAACGUGCUCUGGACAUUGAACUGGACAAGCUCGGCCCGGAACAUGUUGAUGUUGCAAAAAGCUAUAAUAACUUAGCUUUGAUUUACAAGGAUUUAGGUGACUUUGAGCAAGCCAAGGAGUAUCAGCAACGUGCUCUGGACAUCCAACUGGACAAGCUCGGCCCGGAACAUGUUGAUGUUGCAAGAAGCUAUCAUAACUUAGCUUUGAUUUACCAGGAUUUAGGUGACUUUGAGCAAGCCAAGGAGUAUCUGCAACGUGCUCUGGACAUUCAACUGGACAAGCUCGCCCCGGAACAUGUUAAUGUUGCAAAAAGCUAUAAUAACUUAGCUUUGAUUUACAAGGAUUUAGGUGACUUUGAGCAAGCCAAGGAGUAUCUGCAACGUGCUCUGGACAUUCAACUGGACAAGCUCGGCCCGGAACAUGUUAAUGUUGCAAAAAGCUAUAAUAACUUAGCUUUGAUUUACAAGGAUUUAGGUGACUUUGAGCAAGCCAAGGAGUAUCAGCAACGUGCUCUGGACAUUGAACUGGACAAGCUCGGCCCGGAACAUGUUAAUGUUGCAACAAGCUAUAAUAACUUAGCUUUGAUUUACCAGGGUUUAGGUGACUUCGAACAAGCCAAGGAGUAUCAGGAACGUGCUCUGGCCAUUAGAGCAGACAAGCAGUGGCUCAACAAAACAGCAAAUAAGGUAAAUGAAGGACUGCUAACAGAGGCGAAAAACUUUAUUAUGGAAAUUAUAUUUAUUCUAGAUAGAUUUCACGCAGUCUUUAAGGUUUCUUGCGUUGGUGUUGUGUUAGAAUUUAAAAGGGUGAAUUUUGCAGGGGGUUUUUUUCACAGCAGCAUAAGUUGCAUUUUAAACUGCGAAGAUCGUCUUUGCAUUUUUUCUUCCGCAGUUCCAAUAUAUGAAAUUCAUAUAAUCUUUAUAAAUGAUUUUAAACUGAUAAACUCCAUGAAGUUUUACAUAUAUUAAUCAUGGAAUCGAUAUUUCGGACGUUGGUAAGACACCUCUUAAUUCAAGUUUGACUGUAACAGUUUCUGUUUAUACUCUAUUCCUGCUUUCCGUAUCUUCAAGUUUCUUCUAAUGAAAAAAACCUGUUAGUCCUUGCAGAUCUCUCAUGAAGCUGAAAGGCAUUUAUCACAACCCAAGAAAGAAGAUGAUGACGUCGGGGAUGAUGAUAAAGGCAGUAGUAAGGACGGUAAAUCAGAAGUCAGAAGUACGGGUUUACAAAUUAAGUGUUUGAAACGAUUUCAUAAGGAAAUAAUUCUUGAACACAUGUAAAGAAAACUUACGAGUUUUUUCAUGUGCUUUUAAAUUUAUUUAAAAGUGUAAAAUACAGAAAAACAUUCACUGCGGCGCUCAAAAUCCUGCUGAGGUUUCGCAGUCCAGUUUGGCGCUAGAUUUGGCGCCAAGACGGACUCUGCACGUAAACAUGUGAUUUCUACUUUUUGGUACGUUUCAAUCUCUCGUGAUUGGUUGAGCCGCCUUAGGUUCUUAUUAACCAGAAGACCUUACUUCGGGAACUGUAAUGGGUAAUUCUUUUGUUCUGAUUGAUGUAUCCAUGGAAAUUUCCCCGAGGCACUGACUUUCACCUUGGGAAAACCGGUCACACAAAAAGCCGCUUCCCCGUGGGCACGAUUCACCUCAGUUCCUCUUUGAUGAUCUUAUCAUUAUCAUAACAACAUCAUCAUCGUCAUUAAUUUUGUUAUAUAUUAUUAUCUUCUUCAUAAAGACCUGUAUUGCAUUGUCUGGCUCAUUAUUUCUUUUUCAUGAAAGAAUGUCCUUAAAGAUAUAAUUCCAUGUAUGGUGAAAAUUCAUUGUAGUUGACACUUCGUUCCUUGUUUUUAUUUAUCUUGUUGUCCUGUCGAGGACAUAAGACAAAUUCCUGGCCUUAGUCUUUAAGUAAAAGAAAAGAGGUAACAUAGAG